GUCGGAGCCGCCAAUGACGUCGGGGGAAAUUGAUGUAAAAGUUCUAAAAGUGAAAAGAUGGCAGGACGAGUAAGAUGUGCUAGAAUCUGUUCCGCGAACAUAUCCGCGAUUUUCUUUGAUUUGGACAACACCCUGAUCCCGACGAGAAGAGGUGACAAGCUAGCGUGCGAGCAGGUUUACCUGAGUUUGAGGGAGCAGUACAACGUGCCGCAUGACAAAGCUCACGAUUGCACAAAGAAGUUCCUGCACGCCUUCCGUAAAUGCCCGGACAACAAGGACUGCCCGAGUUUGGACGAGUGGCGGCGUUUGCUUUGGGCUGAAGCUCUUGGAAAUGAUUAUAGGCACUUAGCAGGUGCCAUUUAUCGGCAGUGGCUGACCCUGCGCUACCAGUACCUGGCGCUGACCCCUCAGGUGCAGCAGAUGCUGGUGACCUUGAGGGAAAUGCGCUUCAGGCUGGCGCUCAUCACCAACGGGUCUUCGAGGGCUCAGUGGGAGAAGGUGCAGCUGCUGCAGGUACAGCGCUUCUUCGACUUGGUGCUCGUCUCAGGUGACCUGCCCUGGGAGAAGCCCAACGCAAACAUUUUUCUGCAGGCGUGCUCCAUACUGCAGGUCAAACCUGAGACGGCCAUCAUGAUAGGAGACAAAAUCGAGACCGACAUCCUCGGAGGGCAGAUUUUGGCCGCCACUAUCUGGAUCCGGCCUUCGGACACGGCCACCGCGCCCCCGCAGGCCUGCCCGGACUUCACCCUGUCCGACGUCACUCACCUUAGCAAGGUGUUGAACAUGGCGCCGUCACCCCCUGACCUUGAUGACUGCAACAGUAAUAUCAGCAAUGCCAGUGAUGGCAGCUGAGACUUGCUGCUCCUCAUUUUAUCAGUUCACGGCAGCUUCUUCAUCCUCUUUUUUCCCUGACCUUUUGUCUAAAAAUGUGCGGUUCUCACCUCUGGGUGCUGCGGUAGGGCUCUUGCCAAUAUCUUCAAACGCGCUGGCCGCGAUUUGAUCUUAAAAGACACCAAGCUCUACAAGCAACAUUCCGGCCUUAAAUAUUUCAAUUUAUCCUCCGUAACGAUUUUUGACUCAUGUGGAUGCAAUGAUACCUAUCGCUUCUUUUGAUUCAUUUGCGUCCUAAUGAUUUUUACCAAAUUUUUAGCUCUUUUUGAAUUCUGUUUAUAGAAAAUGGAAUUUCCCCUUAUUCUACUUUUACACCUUUAUUUCUUUCAGGUUUAAAUUCAGUUUUAAUAUAUUUUCAAUAUUUUAUGCUUUAUGUUUCCAAAUUUUAACCGUGGAAUAAAUUAUGUUUUAUCUCGUUAUAGUUUUAUUUGGUUUAAAUUGUUCAUGAAAAUUUAUCAAUUAACAAAUAAAAAGACCUUUUUUUAAUUAUAUCGCAACAUCCGCCGAUAACCCAAGACCUAUUAUUCCUCUCAGUACUUUAAAAUACUGAAAAUACAGUUGUUUUGAACACAGUACGGGUUGAUUUUUGAUGCCAUCUUUUCUACAAAUAAUAUUUGUUACCUCCCGCGUAAAUACCGAACAUCACGAUUAAGAAUAUAAUUUUGUCCUACUUUCAAUUCAUUGUUCCUAAAUGUUGUGAUGCACAAGGGCAAGGCAGCUUAAGUUGGAAAAGCUUUAGUUACCUCACUUGACACCCACCUAACAGUUAACUAGAAAUGACAACCGACUUAAGUAUUUUUUAAUCAUGUUUACGAACCCUGAAUUAAUAUAUUAUAAUUUUGCAAUUUUAAAGGAAUGACAAAAUAUUAUUUUUUUAAAGAUCCAAGCAUAAAUAUAUGGUAUUCAACAAACAGCUUGUACAAAAUGGAAUGAAGUUAACGAUAACUUCGCGAGUUGCGAGUUACCUUGAUUUUUAAGGACGGACUUAGCAAGUUGAUUUCUUUUUAAAAUGAUAAAUGCAAGAUCUGUAAAUUAAAUUUUUCUAGUGUUAAUAUCUCUAGCAAUAGAGAAAUAAGCUGCACAAGAAAAAUGAAACACAAAAAAUAGCUCCAUCUUAGCCUGUGAUGGUGAUUUUUACUUUUUUGUCACCUGAGUUAAAAUGGACAUGUCUGAUUUUUAAAACAAUAUCCUGUUUGUUUUGCGCAGUCUAAGUUGGGGUUUUGUUCUUUACAAGUAGCUAGAUGAAACAAGUCUUUGCAAACCUUCACCUAUUUGGAUAGGAAGGUGUGACUGACCAAAUUUCGGGCAGCAAAGAAACUGCCACAAACUCAAACUGAUCUGCUUGUGGAAGUUUCUACCCGUGGAUUGCUGACAAAAUGUUUAAUUCUAACAUUUUAUUGUGAUAUUGUCCUAUCUCAGAAUGAUAUAACCAAGAUAAAAAGAAAUCAAAUAUUUCGUCAAUGUGUGUGCCGAUUGGUAUGGGGAGUUCAAACUGUCAGUAUUUUGUUACACGUGCCAGUUCAACUGGUGAUAGCUGUAGAUUCUACUAUCGUUACUUUAUUUUCAAGUUCUUUAUGGUGAUGUGACUCUUAAGAACUCCGUGUAAAUAUAUUUCACUUUAUGGGGUGACUCUUUUUUGAUUUUUUUUUUUAACUUAUAUCUCUUUACUGUUCACUGUAAGUUACCAAUCAACUCUGUAGAAUGUGAACAAAUUAAUAUUUAAUGAUGCAAUACUGUUUAAAUUAGAAGCGACAUGUUUGUGGAUGGGAAAUAAUUUUUAUCCAAGUCUGUGCGAAAGGUCAUUCAAUUUAUUGGUCAGUUCCAGCAUGAAUGUGUUUAAUCUGUAGAUGUAAACAGAAUCUGUAUUUUUGAAAUUCAAUAAAGUUUCAGUUAUGAUAAAA